AUGAAUGCAUCUCGUUCGAUGCCCCGAUACACAUUUUCCACCGAUAAAAGCCCCUUUAUAUUAAAUAUUUUGGAGGUCAAACCAGUUGAUCGAGAUGGCAUAUUAAAUUUCAUUAGAAAUGCUACAACCCUGAAUCGAAGGAAGUUGCAGAAACAAAAGGAAAGAUUUUGUAAAACUGUUUAUAACAAUGUCUUAUCGUACACUGAAUGUGUGCAAGCGUUCAAUUCAACGACGUUUAUCAGAUCUUGGGAUCCUGAAACGUUUAGUUUUUCUGGAAAUUUUUCCGUUGAUUGGUAUCUGCGUGGAAAUACUUCUUUGGAUGGGGAUAGUAAGAAUGAGACGUUUUCUACGGAGACGACGUUAGCGCCGGUUUUACCACCGUUUGAAUUAUGGCAAACGAUUUUAAUUGCGUUGUGUUUAGCGUGUUGUAUUUUGUUAACGAUCGCUGGGAAUAUUUUAGUACUUUUGGCUUUUAUCGUUGAUAGAAAUAUUAGGCAACCAAGUAAUUAUUUUAUUGCCUCUUUGGCCGCUACUGACAUGCUAAUAGGCACGGUCUCGAUGCCGUUUUACACCGUUUACGUUUUAAUGGGAUAUUGGGACUUGGGCCCCUUGCUGUGCGAUCUUUGGUUAAGCGUCGACUACACCGUUUGUUUAGUAUCCCAAUACACCGUCUUAUUAAUAACAAUCGACAGAUUUUGCUCGGUCAAAAUCGCAGCGAAGUAUCGAAGUUGGAGAACGAAAACGAAAGUCCUCCUUAUGGUGACCAUAACCUGGAUCGUCCCGGCUUUGUUGUUUUUUAUAAGCAUUUUCGGCUGGGAGCAUUUUAUUGGGUAUAGGGAUUUACUUCCUGGGCAAUGCGCCGUGCAGUUUUUGAAAGAUCCUGUUUUUAACACUGCGCUGAUUAUUGGGUAUUAUUGGACUACGCUGAUUGUGCUGUUUAUUUUGUAUGGGGGGAUUUACAAGACGGCUUAUGAGAUGCAAAAGAAAAGCGAGGCUAAACAGAGGAAGAUGCAGAGCAUGGUUGCUUUGAGUGCUGGCGCGAUGAGUGGGAUGGCUGGGAGAGCUGCGGGAAUUGGGUUGUCGAAGACUCAAAGCACGCUGAUUAGCCAGGAUAAUAAUAAGCCGGUUGCUCCCCAAAUUGAGCAAGCUAAUUCUAAUACUAAUACUAAUUCUAAUUCUAAUAGUGCUUUAGUUGUGAAAGAUAAUAUAGGAUCUGCUGAUUCAAAUUCAAGCCAGAAAACGUGUUCGAUUAAAAAUAGUACAAUCACCACGACAACCACCACAACAACUUCUGAUGCAAAUGAGAGGAAACAUUUGAUUGCUCCAACAAAUCCAGAAAGAGUUAAGGAGGAGCCAGAUAAAUCGGAGAGAUCGAGCAGUCCUGCUUUUGACUCGGAUGAUGAGAGCACCGCGGUAAAUCAGCAGCAGCAACAGCCCAAAAGGAAAUCGUGCGUGAUGGGGAUAGUGAUGCAGAUAAGUACGUCGAAUCUUUUUGAAAAUAACAAUAAAAUCAAUGGGGGUAUUCCAAAUUCAGUGAAUCCCAUUGAGAUGGCGUCGCCGUUGCCGAAAAUUUCCGAGCAGAGUCUUCUAGAUGUCGAAAAUCCAAGUAACAACGCCACCGGGGUAGGUACUCUAGAAAAUUGUUCGCCUUCUCCCUCUCAAAGAUCUCAAAACAUCAUACCUCCCCCCGUACAAUUUCAAGCAUCCCCCAUUGAGCGCCCAAAAACCUUACGUGUUAAACCACAAGCCACAUACGACCUUCUCGUUAGCAUGGACGGAGCUGACUUAAAAUACAUGGACGAAAGCUCAGUUGCAAUCCCCUCACCUAUUUGUGAAAGUCCCCCAUCAUCUAGUACAAUAACAUCAUCCCCCGUGCAUCAUCCCCCGCUCGCAGCUAACACUUCUUUGCUGCAGACGACCCUAAUAAGAGCAGCGCAAACUAAAAAGUUAAACACCGAGGUCACCUUGACGGCGGAACGAACAGUAACGAGUUUGGUUGAUCUCACAGAAGAUAGCAGCCCCCUUUGCGGAAAUCCAACCAUCAGUCAAACAGAGACGACCGAUGAGGGGGUAUCCACCAAAAAAGAUUUCGUUAAAAACAUCGGAAAACGAUUGAAAACGAAAAAAAAGAAACUACGCGAAAAUUCGACAACAUUCGGCCGGCAAAAAUCGAAAUCGGAGAAUCGAGCGAGGAAAGCGUUUAGGACGAUAUCGUUCAUUUUGGGGGCUUUCGUAAUUUGUUGGACGCCGUAUCACAUUUUGGCUUUGGUCGAGGGGUUCUGUUCGAAUCCGCCGUGCACUAACGAACACUUUUAUAUGUUUUCUUAUUUCUUGUGUUACGCAAAUAGCCCGUUAAAUCCGUUUUGUUACGCCCUUGCGAAUCAACAGUUUAAAAAAACUUUCACGAGGAUUCUUAAAGGCGAUUUUCAUAUGACUUAAUAAAUCAAAAUGAAAUUAAAAAAAAAAUUAGUUGUAAUAAUAGAUAAAUAAGUAAAUAAAUAAUAACGGCGAUAACGUGUAAAUAUUAAAUAAAUUAAAAAAGAUUAGGUGUAAAGCUUCGUUGUAACAAUAAUACCAAAAAAAAAUUAAAUGUCGACAAUAACUAAAUGUAAUAAUAAAAAAAAUACCAAUCGAGCCCAAUUUUGUAUAUAACACCGCAAACUGUAAAUAAAUUAAUUUUAUAAAUGUUUAAGUUUUAAAUUAAUUAAGAAAUAAAUAUUUCAUAUUCAAAUUGAUUUGGGUUCGGUUGGUAUUAAGCGCUAAAAAUGUAGUUAUUACCUCAGUAAAAGCUCUCUGUAAUCUGAGCCCUAUCAGAGGGCUUCUACAACGACGUAAGAUUUAUAAAGAAACAAAACAUAAGUAGUAGAAGAAGUAUUCGUCACUUAGGCUUCUCUUGCAUCUGUGUUUUGCAAUAAAGUAGAAGAGAAUAAUUUUGUUUUCGUUAUAGCCAUUGCUGUUAGACGUAUUUUGUUUAUCAAUAAAAAAGUGGCAACGUU